UUUCACAGAUGAAGGAGACCAGCUUUUUAAGAUGGGCAUCAAGAUCCUCCAGCAGUCUAAAAGCCGAAAACAAAAAGCAGAAGCCUACAAACUCUUUGCUAAAGCAUCUGACAUGGGAAACUUGAAAGCUAUGGAGAAAAUGGCUGAUGCUUUGCUAUUUGGAAAUUUUGGCAUGCAAAACAUAACAGCAGCUAUCCAAUUAUACGAGUCCUUGGCUAAAGAAGGAUCAUAUAAAGCCCAAAACGCAUUAGGAUUUUUGUCUUCUUGUGGAAUAGGAAUGGAAUACAAUCAAGCUAAGGCACUGAUAUAUUACACCUUUGGAAGUGCUGGAGGAAGCAUGAUAUCCCAGAUGAUUUUGGGGUACAGAUAUUUGUCAGGAAUCAGUGUUCUACAGAAUUGCGAAGUUGCCCUAAGUCAUUACAAGAAAGUGGCAGAUUAUAUUGCUGACAAAUUGGAAAAAAGUGAAGGUGUUCCAGUGGAAAAAGUGAGACUAACUGAAAGACCUGAAAAUCUGAGUUCUAACAGUGAGAUUUUGGACUGGGACAUAUACCAAUACUAUAAAUUUUUGGCUGAAAGAGGAGAUGUUCAGAUACAAAAAGCAUUAUACUACUUCUUAAAGGCAGCAAAAGCUGGGAGUGCAAAUGCCAUGGCAUUUAUAGGAAAGAUGUAUUUAGAAGGGAAUGUUGCAGCACCACAAAAUAAUGCUACUGCUUUCAAAUACUUUUCUAUGGCAGCUAAUAAGGGCAAUGCCAUUGGUCUUCAUGGGCUCGGUCUUCUUUACUUUUAUGGGAAAGGAGUUCCUGUGAAUUAUGCAGAAGCACUUAAAUACUUUCAGAAAGCUGCAGAGAAGGGAUGGCCAGACGCACAGUUUCAGUUAGGCUUCAUGUACUACUCUGGCUCUGGAGUGCGGAAGGAUUAUAAACUUGCCUUCAAAUAUUUUUACUUGGCAUCUCAGAGUGGGCAGCCCCUCGCCAUUUAUUACCUGGCCAAGAUGUACGCCACAGGAACAGGAGUGUUAAGAUCGUGCAGAACCGCUGUGGAGAAAAAGCUAAAAUCCUUGAAAAAGAGAAGAUGUAUCCAAUGGCACUUCUCCUAUGGAAUCGAGCUGCCAUUCAAGGACGUUCGCUUGGCCAGGAGAUUAUAUGAUAUGGCUGCUAAAACAAGUCCGGACGCUCACAUACCUGUGUUCUUUGCCCUCAUGAAACUGGAAACUGUGCAUUUGUUUCAAGAUAUCCUGUUUUUUAAUCAGUCUACCAUGAGAUGGAAAUGGAUGAAACUGGACAAUACCCUUGGACCAUACUGGGAUUUAUUUGUGAUUGGCCUAAUUGUUGCCGUGCUGAUCUUCUUGCUUAGAAAUCGCUACCUGUAGGAUCUGGACCACCACUGCUCACGGGAACCAGUUCACUUCAAGUCAUCUUCACUAAAUAAAAAAUCUCCCCAUCAGACUCAGGAGUCUGCUGCUGAUUUCCCAUA